CAGUGUGUACCAGAGCAUCCUGAGCAUUGUUCUUCUGCAUCUUACUAUAGUGGAUAGAAAUCACAAGCAAAACUAGAAAACACACUUGAACAAUGGGAAAACAGAGAAUUUGUGACAUUUUAUUUGUGAUUAUUUGUUUAUGUGGGUAUUUGUAUUGGAAUUAUGAAACCAUGACAAACAAUGCCAGAUAUGUGUUGAAUGUUCUGAAGAAUAUACACAAUGAUCCAGUGGGAACCACCUGAAAGGCUUCUGUCGUAUACCAAAUGCUGUAUCAAAAGGAAGAUCAGUUGAGUUAAUCCCGUUUUGUCUACAUUCUCAUGCGUUUCUGGGAGGAAUACAGAACCGAUGCGAGCGCUGUAGGAGGAAGUUCCCACGACUCGUUGGCUAACAGUAACCACUUAAUUAAUGUAAACAUAAAAAUUUAGUUAAAAAAAAAAAAAGAAAUCUCAGUGGCACAGCCUAGAACUAACCACCAUUCCACAAAAUGGGUCAUUAAUUUCUCAUCCUAAACGCCCGGCAGUGAAACCGCGCAGAAGCGCCAUUCUCCCCAUGGAAGCCCAUUUAAAACGCAUCUCCUGAGACAGGUGGAAGAGCCCCGAGCCACCGGCGCUCCUCGCGGCCCCGGGCGCUGCUCGCGUCCCAGCGCGCUGCAGCCCCUCAGGCGCCCCGGCCCCGGCCCCGCUCCGUGCCUCUGCGCGGCGGCACCUACCGCUGCCCGCUGCCCUCCGCGCAGGACGCCGAGGGCGACGCCGAGAGCCGGGCAUUCCGUGUAUAGGGGAGAGGAUUAAUUUCGCCACUUAAUUCCUUCCCCCCGGCCCGGCGGUGGGGGAGGGCACAUGCGCGUUGCCAUGGGUGCCGGAGGAGCACCCAGAAAGUUGCGGGAGAGGGGCGGGGAGAAGGGGCCGAGCCGCCCGCCGGGGUUGAGAGCCCGCCCGGCGCCGCGCUGAGAGCCCGCCGGCAGCUGCUGUCACCGCGGGGCUGAGUCGCCCACCUGCCGCCUACGGCUGGCGCGGGGGAGGGAGAGAGGAAGGGGAUAAACUUCAAACUUGGCCGGGCGGGCAGGGAGCCGCAUGGAUGUGUCCGUCCCUCGGCGCUGACUCGCAGCCCGCGGCGCGCUGUGAGGCGGCCGCUGCCCGAGGAGCGCGGGGCGCCGCCGCGCCUCUUCCUCCGCCGCCGGCCAUGGGGCGCGGGGCUCAGCCCGGCCCCUGAGCGCGACGCCUCCCCCCGCUCCGGGCUGCCGCCGCCUCCCCUCCCGCCGCCACCUGCCUCUCGCUCCGCUGCGCCGCUGCCGACCUGAGGCCCUGGGCAUCGGCUUCUCUUCGCGCUGCAGCCCGACCGAAAUGGAGCCGUCCGCGGGAAGCCGCCGGGAGUGAUCCCCGCUUUCCCACCGACCCCACUGGCCGCCCCCUCGGCGCCCGCGCUCGCUCCGAUGGAGCUGGAGGAGACGCCGCUCGCCCCUCAGAAGACCAUGCUGCUUAUGCUGAGGAAAGUUCGCAAGAGGCGGGAGAUGCUGCUGCAGCAGCUGGGCUUCAUCUGCGCCAUCCUCUUCUUCGCCUGGUGCAUGUCCAGCCUGCUCUCCAGAGCGGGCCAAGAAUCAGCGGUUGCAGACAGAAGCAUUGUAUCAGGAAUAUGGAGGAAUAGAAGGUUGAUGGCAUCACCUAAUGGGACACAUGAAGAGAAGAACUGUACAGAGCCAGCCAUUAAUGAGUUUCCUGACGAUAUAUUUACAAAUAAAGAACGUCAGCAAGGAGGAAUUCUGCUUCAUAUCAUUGCUGCUCUUUAUAUGUUUUACGCUUUGGCCAUAGUAUGUGAUGACUUCUUUGUUCCAUCCUUAGAGAAAAUUUGUGAGAAACUACAUUUGAGUGAAGAUGUUGCUGGAGCCACAUUCAUGGCAGCAGGGAGCUCCACCCCAGAACUGUUUGCAUCUGUUAUAGGUGUAUUUAUCACUCAUGGAGAUGUAGGAGUUGGGACCAUUGUUGGUUCAGCAGUUUUCAACAUCCUCUGCAUUGUUGGUGUCUGUGGACUGUUUGCAGGACAGGUGGUUUGUCUCACCCAGUGGGCAGUGUUCCGGGAUUCUGUAUACUACACAAUAUCUGUGAUUGUACUUAUUGUGUUCAUAUAUGAUGAGAAAAUAGAAUGGUGGGAAAGCCUUGUACUCAUCAUUAUGUACUCAUUCUACAUACUUAUAAUGAAGUACAACGUGAGGAUGCAAAAUUUCUUCACUCUUAAAAGCAAGAAUGUUGGAAAUGGUGACACAGUCAACAAUGAGCUGGAAGAUGGUAAUAAAUGUUAUGCCUCUAGUUGUGAUGACCCAUCCAUUCCAUUACUAUGGAAAGUGAAGGGGAUACAGCAGUAUGGCAAAAACAGUGUUGUGAUGGUGGAUGAGAUCAUCUGCUCCAGCCCUCCCAAGUACCGGUUCCCUGAAGCUGGAUUACGGAUUAUGAUCACAAAUAAGUUUGGACCACGCACCAGAAUGCGGAUGGCAAGCCGACUCAUCAUUAAUGAGCGCCAGCGGUUAAUCCAGUCUGCCAAUGGCUCAAGCAAAGCACUUCAGAACAGGAGACAAGAGAAUAUUGAAAAUGGAAACAUCCCUGUGGGCAACCAAGAGGAGGAAAAUGAACAGGACAGUCUAACUCCAUUUUCAGUGCCAGAGGGAAAAAUGAACAAAAUUAAAUGGCUUUUGACAUGGCCAUUGAUAUUCGUGCUGUUUACCACAAUUCCAAACUGCAGCAAGCCACGCUGGGAGAAGUUCUUUAUGCUGACAUUUAUCUUGUCCACUCUCUGGAUUGCCUUGUUCUCCUACUUCAUGGUGUGGAUGGUGACUGUGAUUGGAUACACCCUUGGGAUACCAGAUGUGAUCAUGGGCAUUACUUUCCUGGCUGCAGGAACAAGUGUCCCAGACUGCAUGGCCAGCUUAAUAGUAGCAAGACAAGGCCUUGGUGACAUGGCAGUAUCCAAUACAGUAGGGAGCAAUGUCUUUGACAUUCUGGUGGGCCUUGGUGUUCCAUGGGGUUUGCAGACCAUGGCGAUCGAUUAUGGAUCAACUGUAAGAAUAAACAGCAAAGGAUUGGUUUAUUCAGUUGCACUUUUGCUAGGAUCAGUGGCACUUACGGUGUUUGGAAUCCAUGUAAAUAAGUGGAAACUUGACAGGAAGUUAGGCAUCUACGUGUUGCUUCUUUAUGCUAUUUUCCUGUGUUUAUCUAUAAUGAUAGAGUUCAAUGUCUUCACCUUUGUCAACUUCCCUAUGUGCCGAGAAGAACUUCAAGGGGGCUGCCGAACAGGAGUGCCACCGGCCGUGGCUGCGAGCACAUCUGUGAGCCGCAGCCUGCACAGCUGGCGCGGGUUCGCUCGGGUUUCCCGCACAGCAAGCCCGGAUCGCUGCAGCAACCGCGGGUCAAGCGAGCUCCGAGCCCCACGGGAGCUCCCCGGCGUGCAGAGCUGCUCGUCUGCCAGCAGCCACACAGCCCCAGCACUAGCUUUUGCUUUGACUGGGAAUGCUUUUGCAAAGCUGUCCUCUGCCAGCGUUAGACAUUUCGUUUUCUCAGGAUGUGGAAGUUCUGCUCAGCGAUGGGAAGGAAUUGCUUUUCUGACCGAGGAACUCUCAAGCCACUGUGAUACAGAAAGUGACUUAAAGUUUGCUGUAAUGAUGAAAACAUCAGCAGGAGAGAAGGGAGCCAGGGAUGACUCAGGCCCUGUCAGACAUGCCAGUGAAGAGGGGAAAGAGACACAUCUCUGUCCGGCCAAUGCUGUGCGAAAUUGCCUCCAGCUUCCAGGGAUCAGCAUCCUUGACAAACUCAUCAAGACAUGUCCUGUCUGGCUUCAGCUGAACAUGAGCCAGGAAAGGGCCGGGGCGAUCCUUGGCAAAGAAACAGCAGGGAUAUUCUUAGUUAGGAAAGAGAGCAGUGUGAGCAACAUGGUCCUUGCAGUCCGCCUGCCAGUGCAGAACGAGGCUCCUGGUGUGCUGGAGUACAACAUUAAAGAAGAAAAAUCAAUCCUGUACCUGGAAGGAUCUGUCCUUGUAUUUGAGGAUGUUUUCAAACUGGUUGCCUUCUACUGUGUCAGCAGGGAUUUGCUGCCCUUUACCCUGAAGUUGCCACAAGCAAUAUUAGAAGCCAGUAGCUUUCAAGACCUUGAAAUUAUCUCUAGUCUGGGGAUAGAUUUCUGGGAUUCCUACUUAAACCACAGAAGGCAGGACUUAUCCCACCCUGCAAAAGACACUGCUUUGAGCACUGCCCAGGCAGACAGUUUAAGAUCUACCCAGUGUUUUGCAAGUAGCACAAACCACUGCUCAUGUGAAAUUGAGCUGUCAAUAGGAAAUGACAGGCUGUGGUUUGUGAAUCCUAUUUUUAUAGAAGAGUGCAGUAAUCCUUGUCCUCCAGAUGUAUCUUCUCCUAAAGGCCACUCUGGGAGCACUGAACUCCCCCCUGCCACCAUGAUUACUGAAAGGAGGUCUCUUCGACGGCCUCCUCCCCCUCCACCUUCUCAUGCUCUCAUUCAGAAAUCUUCCCUGAAGCUCCCACAGGACCCCAUGACUGCCUGUGAAGAAAACAAGCUACUUAUUAAGCCACUAGGAAAGAGCUUCGAGGAAAUGAAAAUUGAGAGCGGUGAUGAUAAAGAAGAAAGGAAGCAGAGCUGCCUGGCCAAUGCGCCCUUGGCAGGGAGCCCCAAGAAGGGCUCCCAACCCUCUGCUCCCCCACGGAGGCGGCUGAGUGAGAGGACCUCAGAGGAGAGCUGUGUGGGUAAUCUUGAAAAUUGUGAAACACUGAAAGGGGAAGGAACAGAAGAAAACCAAGAUACAAGUCGAGAGAGCAGAGAUAAAACACUGCUGUGCAAAAAGGCUGUAGAGGUGCCUGGGGAGGUUCCCAAAAAGGCUGUAUCACAGUUUCAGGAGACAAAGCCUGAAGCUGCAGAGAAGGAGGACAUGCCUAAGAUACAAAGCAAUGCCACUGAGAAGGGAAAGUCGCCUCCUAUCCCACCACCAAGAAGGAAGAGAAUUUCCCAGGUACCAAGGAACCCCAGCUCCUGCCAGCCGAAGCAAAGAACAGCGGGAGAGACGGCCGUGGCCACAGAGCAGGCUGUGUGCAAGGGCAGCCCAGCUACAGUGACGGGUGGUGCCACUUGCACACACACCAAGACUGAACCAGGACAUGGCCACAAAUCUGAGCUGGAAGGGUCACACUUGUCCCUGGAGGACCUGGGAGGCAGCACCGUGGCUCAGGCAUCAACAUCCGAGCCAGACUCCUACUCCACCAGCAGCACAGAGGAUGACCUGGAGAUGCUGAGUAGUUCAUCUGGUAAAAAGACACGCUCCGUGAUCUUGGCCAAGGCCAAAAACAGGCUGUCCUUGGUGAACCUGUCCAACGUCUUCACAGUCUUUUUGUCUAGUGACAGGAAGCUGCAGAAGAAGAUAGUGGAGCUGGCACAGGACAAGGAGUCAUACUUUGGCAACCUGGUGCGGGACUACAGAGUGUACAGUUUAGAGACGAUGGCAAAGCAGAGCUCCAGCACAGAGAUGCUACAAGAGAUCCGGCUGAUGAUGACGCAGCUGAAGAGUUACUUAGUGCAGAGCACUGAGUUGAAAUCUCUGAUAGACCCAGCCUCCUACACCGAGGAACAGUUAGAAGUGAUUGCUGAGACAGCUCUGUACAAAUGUGUCCUGAAACCUUUAAAGGAAGCCAUUAAUUCUUCCUUAAAAGAAAUACACAGCAAAGAUGGAUCUUUACAGCAGCUGAAAGAGAACCAACUUGUGAUACAAAACACAACUACCACUGACCUGGGUGUCACAACCAGUGUGCCUGAAACUGCUGUGCUGGAAAAGAUCCUUCACAAGUUCACGACCAUGCACAAGACCUACUCUCCACAAAAGAAAAUUGCCAUCUUGCUGAAGACCUGCAAACUCAUCUAUGACUCCAUGGCUCAGGGAAAUCCAGGGAAGCCCUAUGGUGCAGAUGACUUCCUCCCAGUGCUCAUGUACGUGUUGGCCCGCAGCAACUUGACUGAAGUCCUUCUGAAUGUGGAGUAUAUGAUGGAGCUCAUGGACCCUGCUCUGCAGCUAGGAGAAGGCUCCUAUUAUUUAACCACCACCUACGGGGUCCUGGAGCAUAUCAAGAACUAUGACAAAAUCACUGUGACACGGCAGCUGAGCAUGGAGGUUCAGGACUCCAUCCACCGCUGGGAGCGACGGAGAACGCUGAACAAGGCCCGGGCUUCCCGCUCCUCAGUGCAGGAUUUCAUCUGUAUCUCCUUUCUGGAAGUCAGUGGUCAAUCAAGGACACUUGCUUCCCGUCGCGAUACCACAGCUGAGCAGCUGAGCCAGCAGUGUGCCGAGAAGUUUGAAGUGUCCCAUCCCAAGGACUAUGGACUCUUUGUUUAUGUUGAUGACCAGUGUCUGCAGCUGGACAAAGAUGCCCUCCCACACCAUAUCAAAGCCUCCCUUCUGAAGAGCGAAACCAAGAAAGAUUUCCAUUUUAUUUAUAAACCAAUUGACCAUAAAACCCCACCAGUUCCAGUUGUUAAAGAGUCAGACUUUUCCUAA